ACACUAAAUAUAUAUUUUUUUAUAUUGAUGAUGAUGGGGAUGAAUUAUUGUAUGGAAAAAUUAAUUAAAUACAAUUUUGGAAUUCAAUUUUGGACGUGGCUUGAUACGGAACCAAAGUUAAGGUAUCGUGUUUUAACUACAGCCCUUUUUCGAGGAACGCCACAACAUCAGUUUCCAAGAUGGCGGCACCUGUGAUAGAAACAUGCCAUGUUGCUUGUUGUGCCAACAGGACACCAAACGUUGUUUCUUGGAGUCGAAACGGUAUCAUUGCCUUCGGGACAUGUAACUCUGUGGCUCUGUAUCACCCGCGGGAAAGAAAAAACAUCGCUGUGCUAAAUGGACACACAGGCAGAGUGAAUGCAGUCCAAUGGGUCAAAGGAGAAGAAGACAGUAUUUCAGCUCUGAAGAGUCAUCUGGUCUCCGGAGGCUCCGACAAUAGACUUAUCCUCUGGGAAACUCAGAAUGAGAACAUCAGUCAGUCAGUGGAGUGUAAAGGCCACACUGGUCCUGUUAUUGCUGUGGAUGCCGUCUACACAGAGGACUCAGACAUUCUGGUGGCCUCCUCAUCAUCUGACUCCUCAGUCAGACUGUGGCUAUGUCAUGAGGACAAACAAGCUGAGAGCCUCCAUGUCAUAUCAUUUGGCAGUGGUUUCAUGAUGGAUGUCUCUCUGGCGCUGUUGCCAGGCAGCAGAGUUCCCAUACUAGCCUGUGGGGGUGAUGACUCUAGGGUACACCUCUACAUCCGGUCCAAUGGACAGUUCAAGAAGGCUAUGUCACUGCAAGGACACGAGGACUGGGUUCGUGGAGUGGAAUGGACAACUUCAGGUGAGGAGCUGUUAUUAGCCAGCUGUUCACAGGACUGUCUCAUCAGAGUGUGGAGACUCUGUGCCAAGUCUGGGACAGACACCCACACAGAGGACGAUCACACCGUCAUCAGAAUGAAAGAGGACGUUUUUGAAGUGACGGAAGCAGACAUUACCACAAAAUUUGCUGUGACUCUUGAGACAGUUCUGGCUGGUCAUGAGAACUGGGUGUAUGGGAUCCACUGGCAGCCUCCUCUACACCAAGGUGACAGGCUGCAUCAAACUCUCAGCCUCCUCUCUGGUUCCAUGGAUAAGACCAUGAUCCUCUGGGCUCCUGAGGAGGGAUCUGGAGUCUGGGUGGAGCAGGUGCGUGUAGGAGAAGUCGGGGGCAACACGCUGGGUUUCUAUGGUUGCCAGAUGAGCCCGGAUGGUUCCAUGAUUCUGGCUCAUGCUUUUCAUGGUGCACUGCAUCUCUGGUGCAAGGACCAAGAAAAAGAGGGGGAGUGGAGCCCCGGGGUUGUUAUAUCAGGACAUUUCAAUGCGGUGCAGGACCUCAGCUGGGAUCCUGAGGGCGAGUUCAUUGUCAGCGUGGGCUCAGACCAGACCACCAGGCUCUUCACCCCAUGGAGGCAACAAGACUCUGCACCGACAACCUGGCAUGAAAUCUCACGGCCACAGAUCCACGGAUACGACAUGCAGUGCCUGGCCAUGGUGGGGAGGUUUCAGUUUGUGUCCGGAGCCGAUGAGAAGGUCCUGAGAGUGUUUCAAGCGCCUCGCAACUUUGUGGAGAACUUCGCCAGCAUCUCAGGGAUGUCGAGGGAGAAGCUGCUGACGUCCAGCGACUGUGCCAACCUUCCAGAGGGGGCCAGCACCCCUGCUCUAGGUCUGUCAAACAAAGCUGUUUUUCAAGGUGACCUUGUUCCAAAACCAAAUGAAGCGAAGGAAGAGUUCACCAGUGCAUCCGACCAAUACCAAGAGUCCUACUUCCAUCCACUCAUCAUGAAAGAGCCUCCACCUGAGGAUCAUCUUCUCCAGAACACACUGUGGCCGGAGGUUCAGAAACUGUACGGCCAUGGCUUUGAGAUGUUCUGCCUCGCGUCUGACAGUGCCAAGACGGUGGUGGCGUCCGCCUGCAAGGCUUCUAAAGCAGAACAUGCAGCCAUUUUCCUGUGGAGCACGAAGACGUGGCGUCAGCUGCAAACGCUGCGGUGCCACAGCCUCACGGUGACUCAGAUGGCGUUCUCACCAGAUGGACAGCUUCUCUUGGCGGUUUCUCGGGAUCGCACGUGGUCUCUGUGGAGACGAAGUGGGUCCACACCUGAAAGUCCAGAGCCUCAGUUCUCGCUGCACGCGCACACAGGGAAGGACACGGCCGUUCACAGCCGGAUCAUCUGGUCAUGUGACUGGACCCCCGACAGCAAAUACUUUGUGACAUCCAGUCGGGACAAGAAGGUGAUAGUGUGGGGUCCCUGCAGAUCAGAAGGCUCUGCAGACCCUCUGCUUCCCCCUGAGAUUAAACCCUGCUCCUCCAUCUUGGAUGUGGGCGACUCUGCUACAGCUGUAGCCGUCUGCCCUGUGCUCUGCUCUGACCACAGCUACCUGGUCGCAGUUGGCCUGGAGUGUGGUAGGAUCCUGCUGUACAGGUGGAGUCCCAGCCAGGAAGCUGCCGAAGGACGAGACUGGACCAGCUGUGCUGAAACAGACAACUUCCAGAGCCACGCUUUGGCAGUGAAGACCCUGCGCUGGAGGCCCAGGGCCGGGCGAGCAGGUCAGAAGAGCAGGACGGGUGGACGGGCAGAAAAAGAGAAUGAAACCGAGGACGAGAGUUUCUGGGUCCAGCUUGCCAGCGCCGGCACCGACCACUCUGUCAAAAUCUUCAACAUCAACACUCGGGCUCUUCAGCAGCGGCAACAGUGACUCUAUUAUGUCUCUGGCAUGAAGACAGACUCUUGAAUGGAGGGCCACAGGCCUGUGUGGAGCACCGUGGCUACAGCUGCUCACUGGCAGAGCCCUUCACUCUGUGUGACAGCCAGUCAAGUCACGGGCCGGUUCUCAGGACAAGUCCAUGGCACAGAUGCCCCACGGUCUGAAAACAGAAGAACGGAUUGAAACAGUGAAGGCAACAUGGGAAUAGAAUGAUUUGAUGGAUGUUGACAGGGUUGGAGCUUCAGAGGAGACAGGAUCACACUGCAUUUAGACAGAGGUAAACAAACGACAGCUGUAGUUAUGAUUCCAUGGUUUUAUCAUUAUCAUCACCUGUGUAACAUCUCACUCAUCAUACACCAGGUAAUGUGUUGGUUUUAUACACAGCCAUUAAAAAAAACCCUUUCUAUUAAA